CUUAAUAAAAAAAAUUGAGGAAAAAACAUAAUCCAGUACGAUGAAGUAGAUUGAGAAUAUAAAAUCUAGUAGCAGAUUGAACUACCACUACUCCACUAUACACUGAUAGUAUGAGUAUAAGCUCUGCUUGAUUUCUUCGGUAUAUUUAAUCAAAACAAUCAUGGCUGCAAUUCAGAAGCUACUGAACAUUGCAUUGCCCCCACUAUCAUUGGUGCUUCUAUCCUCGUUCAUGAUACCUUUCCUUAUCUUCAAGGUUCUUAUUUAUGUAAGGAAGCUGUUUCAAACCGAUGAAAAAUUGGAAAACAAGGUUGUACUAAUCACCGGGGCAGCCUCAGGGAUUGGCGAGCAACUAGCAUAUGAAUAUGGAAGGAGAGGAGCAGUUUUAUCACUGGUUGACAUUAGGGAGGACAAUCUUGUAGUUGUGGCUGAAAAGGCCAGAUCUCUGGGUUCUCCUGAUGUUAUCAUCAUCGCUGCAGAUGUCUCAAAGCUCCAAGACUGUCGUCGUUUUGUGGAUCAAACAGUUAAUCAUUUUGGACGAUUGGAUUGUUUGGUGAAUAAUGCUGGAAUCGGCAAGCCUUCGGGAUUCAAAGAUUGGAGUAAUGCUUCUGAAUUUACUUCAAUUAUGGACGUAAAUUUCUGGGGAUCAGUUUAUGGUACUUUAUGUGCAAUCCCACAUCUGAAAACAAGCAGAGGCAGGAUCGUUGUGAUUGCAUCGGCUCUUGGAUGGUUCCCUCUCCCAAGAUUCAGUAUCUAUAGUGCAAGCAAGGCAGCGAUUAUAAACUACUUUGAGACUCUGAGGAUGGAACUUGGUUGUGCUAUUGGCAUAACAAUAGUCACACCAGGUGUGGUCAAAACGGAUCUGGGAGUAACUCUAAUAAAAGAGGAGCGUAUAAUGGACAUAAUUCCAAUGUUAUCAGCAUCUGAAUUAGCAGAAAGCAUAGUGAAAAGCGCAUGCAGGGGAGAUAUGUACUUGACAGAGCCAUCUUGGGUCAAGGUUUUGUUUCCUUUCAAGCUGCUUUAUCCUCCACUAGUAGACUGGGCCUCACGCCUCUUCUUUGCGCUUUCCCCAAAAAUAAAUAAUUCUGCAACAGAGCUGAAACCAGAGUAAAGUACUGUGUGCCGCUUCCAUUUGCUUAAUUUCUUUUGCAGGUAAAAAAAGUUGCAUUAAUUUAAAUUAAGCUGAUUACAAUUAUUGGUUACGAAGCUUUGUAUGAUUUUCGGACACUCUUCAAGUCAAGUAAAGCUAGCAUGGUUACAGGCAAAUUUUGUUAAUUCAUGAGUUACAUGAUUACUUGGUCUCUUUGUGAGAAUUGGCGAGAGUGAAGUCCGCAGUGCUUGUACCGUUAUUUUCUCUUUCUCUAAUUAGCUUCCCCCCUUCCAUUUGCUUACUUAGUAAAAUUUGUAUCAGACAAAAGCUUAUAUAAUUUGUUCCACCUUCUUCUUUGUCGCACUUUGUUAUUAAUUAUCCAAAAAUAUUAUUCUUAUACCAAAAUUAGUCACUAAAUUUGGUUAUUAAUAUAUUUGUAUAUAAAUAUAUAUUUAUAUUCUAAUAUAUAUUUUAUAUUAUUAAAUAAUUUUAAUAGUUAAUUUUAAUGUAUACGUAACAUAGUGUUAAUUAUCAAGUAAGCAAUAAGAAGAUUGGGGUGGGAAUACUGAAUUAUGAUUUAAGGAAGUAAAUAUAUAUACAAUUUUUUUCUAAUACUCAAGGGAGCUUGUGUCCAAAGAAAAGAAUUGCACAGAAAUAGUCCUGAAAUCAGCGUCAAGAGUGAACAGAAAUAGCACUAAGCAGAGACUCAAACAUAACUAGAAAAGCAUCCUGGGAGUGCCCAAGCUUAGCAAGACCAUGAGCAUAGCCGUUUCCUUCCAUAUAAACAUGAUUCAUCGACACACUCCACUCCUUAGCAAGCAGAAUAGGGAUGGCUAGUAACAGAGAGGAAGCAACAUGAGACACAUGCAACUCAUCGUAGCACAAACUUAAAGUCGCCCUAUAAUCUUGAUAAAGUCCCGCUUAGACGCAAUAACUAAGACCAAGAAAAAUAGUCAAGAGUUCUGCUAAGGUGAUGGAUCAGUUCCCCAAAUUUGUGUUAUACGCCACAAUAAAUCUCCCGUGGAAAGAUCUUGGAUAAUACCACCAAGCCCGCCGACUCGGAGUUGAAUACAGAUCCAUCCGUGUUGAUUUUAAUUCAAGACUCCGGUGGACUGGUGGAGGGUGCCAAGCAAUAUGGAGAAUUGAAAACUGAACAACUCUAUCCUUACUCAAAUUCAAAGAAUCCAAGAAAAACUGAGAUUCCUUAGCUAAUGUCGGCUGCGCAGCAAACAAGUGUCCAGAUUACCUCCAUUACUUCAAGAUUCUGGAGUUAUGUUGGUGCCCAAU